CCCUAUCAUUCUAUUAACCCCACCCUUAGGAAGAAGCCUAUAUAACUGGCACUUCCCCACUCCUUGACCUCUUUUAGAAGAGCCCAGGUGGAAGCUGUAGACAGACCAAGUAGCUGUAUACAAAGCAACUGAGUGUUUUGAAAGCCAAUCAUGGGGCUCGCUAACAAAGGAGCACAAAAGCGAAAAUGCUCUGAUACUGGGACUGAACAUGAUAUCCCUGCCCUAGGCCAGCCAGACCAGAAGAGCUACCAAUGCCUGGAAUGUGGGAAAAGCUUCAGGCGGGGCCCAAGUCUGCUAACUCACCAGAGAAUCCACACAGGCGAAAGGCCUUAUCAGUGCUCCAAGUGUGGGAAGGGCUUCGCUCAGCAGGCAAGCCUUACUAUCCAUCUGAGAAUCCACACAGGGGAGACACCAUACCCCUGCCCUCAGUGUGGGCGCUGUUUUCGACAGAGCUCAAACCUCCUCAAACACCAGCAGCUCCAUGCAGGGGUGAGGCCUCAUCUGUGCGCAGAGUGCGGGAAAUGUUUCGCUCAACGCUCAAACCUUCUCAUCCACCAGCGAAUCCACACAGGGGAGAUGCCCUAUCUUUGUUCUGAAUGUGGGCAGACCUUCCGGCAGUAUCGGAGCCUCCAGAUCCACCAGAGAUUCCACAAGGGAAACCUGUCUUGGGGACACGACUGCCCUGAGUGUGGAAAAAGCUUCUCGCAGAGCUCAGACCUCGUGAAGCAUUUGAGAGUCCACACAGGGGAGAUGCCAUACAGCUGCUUGCACUGUGGGAAAAAUUUCCGGUAUGUUUCAAACCUCAACAGACACCAAAGAACCCACACGGGGGAGAAGCCCCAUGCCUGUCGACAAUGUGGCGAAUGCUUCAGCCACUUGUCCAGCCGAAACACACACGAGAGGAUUCACACUGGCGAGAGACCCUAUGGUUGUGCUGAAUGUGGGAAGAUGUUCAUCUCCAGUUCCAAGCUCGUUAGGCAUCUGAAGACUCAUGCCAAGCAGAUGCGCUAUAUUUGCAGUGUGUGUGGGAAAACCUUCUUUCGCCAUCUGAAACUUGUGGGACACCAGGAACUCCACAAAGCUCAGAGCUCCCGUUCAAAAAGGAAGUGAGAGAGCAAGCAGGCUUUCCAAGGCAUGGUUGUCUCUCCAUCAGGUCACUCGGACUUGAUAUGUCAAAGAAGCAUCCUAAAAGAAUCCUGUGCCCUCUGAAGACAUUCUGGAUAUUGCCGUUCUUGGAGUCUUUUUCAGCUUUUUUUUUUUUUUUUUUUUGGGGUAAUAUACAUGUUUGUAAAAUAAACAUUUGACUCCAGGCAGGAACUAAUGACGAGGAAAGACAGAUGGAGCUGGUGAGAACUUGUACUAUUUCCCUGUCUUGAGCUCCAGAAUAUUUUUGGGACAAGCUCUUGCAUGCACUAUUGCUUAGGGAGGUCAGAUGCAAAGUGCAGACAGACCUCCUGGAACUUAUGAAGAAGAGACAAUGGAAGCUUGUCACGCAGAGGAGAUGACCUUCUCUCUAUACCAGUCCUGCUCAACAUCAGCCCUCCUGCAGAUGCUGACCUACAACUCCCAUAAUCCCUAGCUAUUGGCCACUAUGGCUGGACAUUAUGGGAGUUGCAGUCCAAAAACAACUGGGGGGCCAAAGUUGAGCAGGCCUGCUCUACACAGUGCAGUAGAGAAAUGUAUGCAUCCUUUAUCUCUGGUCACCUUACUGUUUGAGAUAAGUUGACUAGUGGGGGUUGUAAUCAAAUGGAAGGGAACUAUUGCAUGACUAUAAUGCCCCAACCUUUGGAAUAUAAUACUUUGGAACAAAGUUGAAUGACUUUCAAUGGAACCUCAUUUCAUCUUAAGUGUUGAGGACUUGGCUUCCUCCAACCUAUAUUAAGAAUAGUGAGAGAUGCUUCUUGCAGGAGUCCUGUUUGUUGCACUUAUACAAGUGCAAAUAACACAUUAUCCUGAAUACUUCGCUGGCCUUCAUGGGCUUAGGCUUCGUCGAUAGAAGCCAUGGGGAUGGGCAUUGGGAUCUAGAUUGGGACUGUGGUGGGUAGGGGACUUUAACUCUCUGCUCCUGUUACAGUCCCAGUUGGUGGCAUCCCACAGCUGCUGUUUCCCCCCAGUCAAUGGGAGCUUUCUUCCUGGGAGAAAUGGCAGCUGCACAGGAGGACAUGAUCUGAACUGGGUCCAGAGCAGGGGCAAAGGGUUGUACCCUGUGAUGUACAUCUCUUAAUACUUGCAUAUGCAUUUGUGGUUCACAUUGCAGGAAACAGCAGUAUAAUAGUUGUAGCCAUAACAAAUGCAGUUGCUGCAUGAAGUGUGAAAUUGGCCAAAGAGACUGCAAAACUAUUGUGUGCAAAAGUGGACUAGAACGACUCCAGAGCAAGCUUGGGAAAAGAACUCCCCUUGUGGGCUGUGCUUUCUGAAGAAAGGUGGUCAGUGGGAUGGGGGAGAGGGUUCUGGGUCUCUUAAGAGCCCCUAAGAAAAGAUGAAGAGGGUAAAUGUCCCCAAAGAGAAAUACAUGACAAAGGUGUAACUUCACAUGGGUCGUUUUGUUAGUGGACUUUUCUUGGCAGUUCCUUCAACAGAAUUCAGGUUUCUAAGGAGGAGCUUGCUUAUCUUCUCAACAGUAAGCACUUAAAAGGGUUUGGUGAACAGUUUGAUGUGAUCCUAGGGUUUUGUGGGUUUGUGCAUCGGGAACAUUCUCUACUACCUUAAAAAGCUGAUGUCAGCUGCUAAUUUUGUGUCCUUGUUACAAUAAAUGUCAAGUCACUCAAACAGCA